AUGCAGAAAACGCUCGCAGUUCCCACCGCAGCAGCUGCUCCUUCGACGUCAAAGGAGCCGGCGCCCACCAAUGUCAGGCUUGAUGCGUGGAAGAAGUCGAUUGAAGGCAACAAGGUCAAGCGCUUCAACAACUACCAGGAGAGGCGCUCGGAGUCGGAGAAGCUCCGGGACCAGCUGAAGUCCCAGGACAUUCCGGAGGAGCAGAAGGAAUGCAUCAAGCGCAACUACGCAGCUCAACAGGAUGCGUAUUGGAGGGACAGCCGCAAGGAAAUCACCAUUGGUGAUUUCGAGUUGCUCAAAGUCAUUGGCACCGGUGCGUUUGGCAUCGUCAGGCUUUGUCGACACAAGGGCACCGGAGAGAUUCGGGCCAUGAAGCAAAUGAACAAGAAAGAGAUGGUCUUCAAGAAUCAGGUCCAUCACGUGCGGGCAGAGAAGGAAGCCCUUAGCUCGGCCAAGGAUGACUGGGUGAUUGGAUUGCACUACACGUUUCAAGAUGAUCAGUACCUGUACAUGGUCAUGGAGUACUUGCCUGGUGGAGACCUUAUGACCCAUCUCAUGCGCAAGGACACGUUCAAUGAGGAGGAGACUCGUUUCUACAUUGCUGAGCUGGUGGAGGCCAUCGACUACAUCCACACGAACUUGCACUACAUUCAUCGGGACAUCAAGCCUGAUAACAUCGUCUUCGACAUCGAUGGCCACAUUCACCUUCUCGACUUUGGUCUGUGCAAGUAUCAACCUCCCGAGCCCGCUCAGGGUGAAGGAGUUCCUGCUGGAAGCAGUGCAGACAGUCAAAGCAGUCCGUCGUAUCGACGCGCAAGGCACCCUCCUCGAGAAAAGAUGCAAUCGGUGGUGGGAACGCCUGACUACAUGGGGCCGGAGGUCUACAAGAAGGCCCCAUACGGCAAGGAGUGCGACUUGUGGUCACUGGGUAUCAUCAUGUUCGAGAUGCUUUUCGGUGGCCCACCAUUCAGUGAUGAGCGGCACGAUCCGUCGGUGACAUCAGCACGUGUGAUGCACUGGCGGAGAUGGUUUCACAUACCGCCGGAUCCACAUGUCAGCCCAGAGGCGCGCGAUCUCCUCAAAGGCCUCAUUUGCGAUCCCGCAGACCGCCUCUCGGCCGAUCAGGUACGAGCACAUCCUUUCUUUCGCGGCCUGGACUUCAAACGGCUCCGCAGCAUGGCCCCGCCCAUCAAGCCGAUUGUCAAAGGCCCGCUCGACACCUCGAACUUCGAUGACUUUCCUGGUGCCGAUGACAAAUUCAUGAUUCCUGCCGAAAGACACAAGGUGACUGGCGACAAAACGUUGCUGGCAGCGUUCCACGACUAUGGCUACCGGCGUGACUUGGAGGCGAAGAAACCUUCAAUCACUGCGGCCCUCAGUUCAGCCAGUGUUGUGGCUGCGCACGAGGCCCCCCGGCCCAUGCAGCCGCUGCAAUACGCCAACUGCUACCCUGGGGGCCCAAGCUUGGCUCCACCGGCCGCGUGGCCUGGCAGUCAUGUGUAUGCAUAUCCACCGGCACAGAGUAUCCCACAAGCUGUGCCGCCACCUCCGCCCUACCAGGCGGCUCGGCCCAUGCCGCUGCAGUACACCAACUGCUACACCGGGGGCCCAAGCUUGGCUCCAGCGGCUGCGUGGCCAGGCAGUCAUGUCAGUGGCCAGCUUCAUCGGCAGGGCGGUCUUCCGACUGCAGCCACGAGGAGGCAAACUUAA